AUGCGAUCAAGUGCCCUCCCGAGUUUGCAUCUGACUUUUACUUCGGCCUUGACAAGCUUGAAGAUCAUCAGGUUGGAACAGUUGGAGUUUGAUAGGGCGAUGUUGAAGCCAAAGUCAAAGUUCGAUGUCGAGCCUCAACAGUCAAAGAAGGUCAAGCGCUCUGCAAGCGGAGAAGACUGGCGUGUGGAUUUCUUCAAGGUAGUUUGCGAUGGAAUUCUGCACAAUCCUCCCGCUCUCGUGAUAGUGGAAUGGACGCGAGAGCUCGGGCAGAACAGGAAGAAGAAGAAAGGCGAUCAACAAGAGCAAGUUGAAAAAGGAGAGCACGACGAAGAGAUGCAAGAGAUGGAAGUAAGCAUUCAGUUGUCUCUUUCUUUGGAUCUUUGUCUUGUGCUUCGUCUCAGGAAGAUCUCUUAUUUCAUCGCUGUUUGCUUCUCCGCUGCUCGUCCUUUCCUUGACUUCUCCGCAAGUCUGCAGAUCAACCUAACGGUCAAUCCGAUAUGA